CACCAACAACGCGUAGGUAAGCCCAAUCCAAACUUCUCUCUCUGCACCAACGGAACCAGCUCAAAAAUACCGACAAUCAAACAACCCACCCGCCCAUCCUACCAUCACCAACAACUAUUAAAAUGUCCGUCAACAAGAUCGCCCUCACCUCCCCCUCCCAUGCCAAUCCUAGUGAACUAGAGUCCAAUAUCGCCCAGGCCCUUUACGACCUCGAGCAGUCAGUUCCCGAUCUUAGGGUCGCUCUGCGGCCUCUUCAAUUCAGCGCCGCCAAAGAGGUAAUUGCGCAGUCUUUUUUAUCUAUUCAGGAUAUCCCAGUCUCCCCUUCGGACCCCAGGAGGGUGAAGGAAGGUACGGGAAUGCUAAUGGUGGGAAUGUUUUUUCUUUUCGCGGAGGGCAGCUUGAAGUUGGAUCUGGAAAGAAGGCUAUUGUUGUUUUCGUUCCGGUCCCGUUGUUGGAUGGUUUUCACAAAGUUCAGCAGAGGUAUUUAUUUAGCAAUCCUAUUUAGAUCUUAGGUAGAUGACUGAUGAUUAUGGGUGCAGAUUAACCCGUGAACUCGAGAAGAAGUUCUCUGACCGCCAUGUUCUUUUCGUUGCACAACGCCGCAUUCUCCCCCUCCCGUCUCGCAGAUCCCGCGUGACCCAGAAGCGUCCGCGCUCCAGGACACUUACUGCUGUCCACGACGCCACUCUCCACGACCUUGUCUUCCCUACCGAGAUCGUCGGCAAGCGCAUCCGCACUAAGGAGGACGGUCACAAGAUCAUCAAGGUCUUCCUCGACGCCAAGGAGCGUGCGGGUGUCGACUACAAGCUUGAUACCUUCGGAGAAGUUUACAAGAAGUUGACUGGCAAGAGCGUUGUCUUUGACUUCCCUGUUGUUGGUGAUGGCUACUAAUGUUCGAUAAACCGAACAAAAGCUGACCCUUUCUUGAUGUAUAUUCUUUACCGGCUGGGUUGCGGAAAUAUAAAGGUUGGGCUCUGGACUAUGGGUGUCGGACAUCUUUUUCUCUCUAUAGAUUGAUUUGCUUGAUCGGAUUGGUCUUUAGUGUGUUAUCUUAGUCAUGGUGGUUUGGACUGCGGCUUUUGGGAUGCUGUUAUGGUGCAAGCUGAGCUGAGAUUCAAGCAAUCCCUUGUGAGGCACAGUAAGAGCCCUUUAGCAAUAAUGACGCCAGGGGAGGGGGGCUAUGUUCAUAUCCCAGGCGAUUGGUUACUAAGCCAUUGGUCUUGUAGCACCGUAGGGGGCAAGGCUAGUAGCUGCUGUCUUCAAAGACUGUAAGGAAUAGCAUCACGAUUUGUGUGGAAGCUCGGGAGAGAAUGAUGGUGCGUGAGAGGGGGUUUGAAGACCUUAGUUAGUCGCACACUGCUCGAGUAAGAGGCACUCAUAGCCUCUUGCUUUCUACUUGUUGAAAUCCUUUAUCCCAGGACUAUCAUUUCCCACUACUUUAGCCCAGUUGCUGUCACUCCAUCACACAGCCGGGUAACCCCGGAAUUUCUA